CAUUAGCAGAGCGAGCUUCAGGUUCCGGAGCUCCAAGACACCUGCUGGGCAUCAGGAAAUUCCCAUCUGAUAAUUGUCCAGACAAGUGCGGCGAUAUUCCAAUCGAGUUUCCCUUCGGCAUCGGCCCUAACUGCUCCCGGCAUACCGGCUUCGCCCUCAACUGCGACAACACCAUGCAACCUCCAAGGCUCUAUCUCAGCUGGGACCGCAUCCCGGAAGUGCUCUCUUUCAAUCGUGGUGUCAGCGGUAUAGAUAUGAACUUCUCGAUUGUCAUCUCAACGAGUCCGGGUGCUGAAGUGUACAAUGCAUCAUUAGAGAUCCCCUCCAGCGGUUUUGAUUUCGGUCUCUCCUAUCUGUCGAUCACAGUGUGCAACUUCGACACCUACUUCAUUGGAAAUCCAAGGAUAAGUUCGAAAUUCCCGCUUUGCACUGAAUGCGAUGGAGAAGGCUCGGGCACCAUCUACAGGAAGACGACAUGCUACCCACCCGUGUACCCCUUAAUUCCUAUUAAUGUCAUCCAGCUCAAGUUUGUCCCCGUCAAGGAGGCCCAGCAAGUGCAGCGCCAAAUUGCGCGGAUCAACAGUCUUAUAUAUUGGAAUAUAAACGACAAACGGACAUGUGUCGAUGCUUCCGCGGAUGAGGACAACUUUGCCUGCGUCAGUGACCACAGCUCGUGCGUCGAUGACAACUGGUACAAGACUGGUUAUUCAUGCGUUUGCGAUCAUGGGUACAUGGGCAACCCGUAUGUACUAGGUGGCUGCUCACGUCACGGUAUAGCUACUGGGCUUGGUGUUGGCUUCGUGCUUCUACUUCUUGGCUUAAGUGCAAUGUUUAUCUGCCGUAAAUGGAGAAGAGACAUCCAAAAGAAACUGAGGAGGAAGUAUUAUACAAAGAAUCAUGGCCUCCUUCUGGAACAAUUAAUAUUAUCGAGUGAAGCUGCUAGUGAAACGACAAGGAUUUUCUCGCUGAAGGAGUUAGAUCAGGCAACAAACAACUUUGAUCAUACACGGAUCCUUGGCCGUGGAGGGCAUGGCAUGGUGUACAAAGGCAUCUUAUGUGAUCAGCAUGUGGUGGCUAUAAAGAAAUCUAAUGCCAUUGAGCAGGUUGAGAUUGAGCAAUUCAUCAAUGAGGUUGUCAUCCUUUCACAGAUUAACCACAGAAACAUCGUAAAGCUUUAUGGCUGCUGCCUAGAAACUGAGGUCCCACUGUUAGUGUAUGACUUUGUUCCUAAUGGUUCCUUGUUUGAAAUCCUCCAUUCUGGUUCAAGCAACACUUUAUCUUUGUCCUGGGAUGACUGCCUAAGAAUUGCUGCACAAGCUGCAGGAGCUCUCUGUUAUCUCCACUCUGCAGCUUCCAUAUCAGUCUUCCAUCGUGAUGUCAAGUCUUCCAAUAUACUCCUAGAUGCAAACUACACUGCAAAGGUUUCCGACUUUGGUGCAUCAAGACUGGUGCAUAUAGAUCAAACUCAUGUUACCACACGCGUACAAGGCACAUUCGGGUACUUGGAUCCCGAGUAUUUUCACACUUGGCAGCUAAAUGAAAAGAGCGAUGUGUACAGCUUCGGCGUCGUUCUUUUAGAACUACUUCUCAGAAGGAAACCCGUUUUUACUGGUGAGUCGGGCUCCGCUCAGAGUUUAUGUUGUUACUUUCUUGAGGAGAUGCAGCAGAGGCCAGCAAAAGAGAUAGUCGCUGCUCAAGUUCGUGAAGAAGCGACGGAGGAAGAAAUCACCAAUGUUGCCUCCCUCGCAGAGAUGUGCUUACGGCUCCAGGGUGAAGAAAGGCCUACGAUGAAGGAAGUGGAGAUGUCUUUGCAGCUUCUGCAUACGAAAAGGUCGAUGUCAUCCCGUGUCACUCCAGAAAAUGGUCGAGCUGAAGCUGGUGUUCCGUGUCACUCAGGUAUCGGAGUUGAUCCAGCCUCCGCAGACAGCCAACGAUGUUAUAGCUUGGAGCAAGAGUUCAUGUCAUUCGCUAGCAUACCACGUUAA